GGGAUUCUUCUGUUGCUAGUGCAGAGGAAGACUCGGCUGGGUGGUAGUGCACAGCCAAGCAGAAAGGAUGGUGCGUGAACAGUACGCCUCAACUACGAAUGACUCUGGUGUGCCAACAACUGUUGCAGAUUCCCUCUACAAGAUCGGGAUCUAUGGCUGGAGGAAGCGUUGUCUUUAUCUGUUUGUCCUGCUUCUCAUUAUCAUAUUGGUGGUGAAUUUGGGCCUCACAAUCUGGAUCUUGAGAGUAAUGUGGUUCAACACUGAAGGCAUGGGAUACCUUCAGGUUACAUCUGAUGGGGUGAGGUUGGAGGGCGAGUCUGAAUUCCUCUUCCCACUGUAUGCUGAAGAGAUCGAUUCCAGAGAGGACUCAUCUCUGCUUGUGAACUCCCCCGUUAAUGUGACCCUCAACUCCCGUAAUAAAAACGGUGAUGUAACUGGAAGUGUGUCUGUAGGUCCAGGACAAGCCAAGGUGUUUGGACAGCACUUUAAUAUCAGCUCCAGCAGGGACAAAACUCUGUUUUAUGCAGAUGGAAAAGAAGCCAUUGUGGGAACUGGAAGGCUUAGAGUAACAGGUCCUGAAGGUGCUCUUUUUGAGCACUCUGUUGAGACUCCUGUGGUCAAAGCAGAGCCCCUGAGAGACAUUAGGUUGGAGUCUCCUACCCGGUUCCUGAGCAUGGAAGCCCCUAAAGGUGUUCACAUCAAAACCAUGACAGGAAAUAUAGAAGCUGAAUCAAGUCUGGAUGUUAUUUUGCAAUCGACUGAGGGUCUUCUGGUAUUAGAUGCUCAGACCAUCCGGCUGCCCAAUUUACCUUUGGCUGAAGCUCCUGCAUCGACUGACUCUCAAAAGUUAAACCAGAUUUUUGAGGUGUGUGUGUGCCCCAGCGGAAAGCUGUUUCUCUCCAGAGCCUCUGUCACUUCCACCUGCAGUGAAAGCCAGGAGUGCUGAAGUCCAAAUUUUGAGGGAGCUUUGACCUUAAGACGUGUUGGUCUGAGAGCUCCUGCUAAACAUUGUUCUAAAUAUAGUACUCAGAUGGGGGACGACAAGCACAAUUUUAUUAAAUCGACUCUAAAAAAAAAAAAGAGUGAAGCACAUUGUUCUCAGAUGGUUAGAGAGACUGAACUGCUUUUACUGUGGGUACUUUGUGCUCACAAGACCACCAGUGUUUGUGAGUGGUAUUUUUCUUUGUCACUUUUUUUCACUUUCUUUUUUUUUUACCAAAUUAGGCUGGGCAAAAGGGUGCUGGACAACAGCAUUGAUCCUAUGCAAUAUGAAUUAAAGGUGCAAUUAAUAAAAUGUGUGUAGUUAAUAUAAUUCUUGCUUUAAAAUAGUCAUAGAGGUACUGUCAUUUUGUACGUGUCAACUAAAAUAUAAUUUGUAAAUGUAGAAACGUACCGACUUUUAAUUUUUUUGUUUUCUUUUUCUUUUAACAAGCAAACUUUUUACAUUUUUGAAAAUGUAAAAUUAACAAUUUUAUCUAUAUCAAAUGAAACUUUUUAAAUACGUGAGUAGUAGGACAUUUUGGUGAAUACUAAGAACAAAAAUAAUACUCCAUUAUUCAUUUCCUUUUCUGUGACUAAAUAAUUAAGAAACAUAUCUGUCUGUCCAAAAAAUUACUUGUACAAAUGGUAUAAAGUUCUGUCUUUAAUUCAGCAUUACAUGACUUAAGCCUUUUAAAAUUUCUGAGUUGCUAAAUAUUUGGACCAGGUAUAUUUCCAGAAUAAUAAACAAUAAAUGUACAAAAGAA